UUAUUGGAAAGUAAAUGCUCCUGACCAAGAAAUUAAAAUAUCAGUUAGUUUAUCUUCUGUAAUCAUGGUUAACAUCACUCUGAAAGGCUUAUUUUCUUCUGAGAGGGCUAUAAAUCCUAUUGGCUCCGGGUCUGAGAGACCUUCUCAGAUCACUGUAAUCUAUGCUGUGCAGCAAAUCGUACAGUCAAUCAUCUUCCCCUUGGCUCCCCGACCACGCCCAUUGAUUAGACCACGCCCACCUAAAGUCGCCCUCCCUCCCACCUUAUGGCUCCGCCCCAGGCCUAGGAGAGGAAGAUUCUUAUUGGUGAAGAAGUUGUUCUGGUUCCGCCCCAGGGCACGGCGAUAGGUCGAGCCCGAGUGGGGCGGUGGUGGUUGGCUGCCUGGGGACGGGUCCGUAGCCGUGCCUGUCAGAGUGGCUGGCGGCAGUGGCGGCUCUCCCGGCUGGGUUGUCAGUCAGUAAGCAGAGGGGGAAGAUGGCUCGCUGGGACCCGUUCUGUUAGGAAGAAGGGGGGGCAGGUGGUGCUUCUACUCCGGAGAAAGCAGAGCAGCUGCCGUCGCUGUCGCUGGGAGUCAAACAAGCCGAGGUUCUGGAGGUGGAGCUCGGGAAGCCGCUCUGGUUGAAGGUCUAGAACAGAUGUGGAAAGAUGUUCACUUCAGAGAAAGGGGUUGUGGAGGAAUGGUUGUCAGAGUUCAAGACACUACCAGAAACAUCUUUACCAAAUUAUGCCACAAAUUUGAAAGACAAGAGUUCUUUAGUUUCAUCUUUGUAUAAAGUUAUCCAAGAGCCACAAAGUGAGUUGCUAGAACCCGUCUGUCACCAACUCUUUGAAUUCUAUCGCAGUGGAGAAGAGCAAUUGCUUCGAUUUACACUGCAGUUUCUUCCAGAAUUGAUUUGGUGCUACCUUGCAGUCUCAGCCAGCAGAAAUGUGCAUAGCAGUGGAUGUAUCGAAGCUCUUCUUCUAGGGGUUUACAAUUUGGAAAUAGUUGACAAACAGGGACAUAGCAAAGUAUUGAGUUUUACGAUUCCAUCUUUAUCCAAACCAUCUGUAUAUCAUGAACCUUCCAGCAUUGGGUCCAUGGCUCUGACUGAGAGUGCACUAUCCCAGCAUGGUUUGUCAAAAGUUGUGUACAGUGGACCUCACCCCCAAAGGGAGAUGCUGACAGCACAGAAUAGGUUUGAAGUAUUGACAUUCCUUUUGUUGUGUUACAAUGCUGCCUUAACCUAUAUGCCCAGUGUUUCUCUUCAGUCAUUGUGUCAGAUUUCUUCCAGAAUCUGUGUUUGUGGCUAUCCCCGACAACAUGUAAGAAAAUACAAAGGUAUAAGUAGCAGGAUACCAGUUUCUUCAGGAUUCAUGGUGCAAAUGUUAACAGGGAUUUAUUUUGCUUUUUAUAAUGGAGAAUGGGAUCUAGCUCAAAAAGCACUGGAUGAUAUUAUAUACAGAGCUCAGCUAGAAUUAUAUCCAGAGCCAUUGCUGGUUGCUAAUGCCAUAAAGGCUUCAUUGCCUCAUGGUGCCAUGAAGUCCAGUAAGGAGGGUACAAGGUGUAUUCAAGUUGAAAUCACACCAACUUCCUCUAGAAUAUCAAGAAAUGCAGUAACCAGCAUGUCAAUAAGAGGUCAUAGGUGGAAAAGACAUGGAAAUACAGAAUUAACAGGUCAAGAAGAACUGAUGGAGAUAUCUGAAGUUGACGAGGGAUUUUAUUCCCGGGCUGCGUCUAGUACUAGCCAGUCAGGUUUAUCAAACAGUAGUAACAAUUCUAGUAACAAGACAAGUGUAGGGAAGACUCAGAGACGGUCAGGAGGAAGCAAAACUGGAGGAAAAGAAAAAGAAACCACAGGGGAGUCUUGCAAAGAUCACUUUGCCCGAAAACAAACUCAGAGAGCCCAAAGUGAGAAUCUUGAGCUUCUCUCUUUGAAGAGACUGACCUUAACUACCAGCCAAUCUCUGCCUAAACCUUGUAGCCAUGGUUUGGCCAAGACUGCCGCAACCGUAUUCAGUAAAUCCUUUGAACAAGUCAGUGGUGUCACAGUCCCACAUAACCUAUCAUCUGCUGUUGGCUGUGGGCCUGGGACAGAUGCCAAUAGGUUUUCUGCUUGUAGUCUCCAAGAAGAAAAGCUUAUUUAUGUUUCUGAAAGGACUGAACUUCCAACGAAGCAUCCAUCAGCCCUAGGUAGUUUGGUUCCCUAGAAUUCAGAGUACACAUCACUGAAGACUUCCUGGAAAUCACUGUAAAUCGUGCAACACAGCUCUCAAGACACCGGUGUCAACCAUAUAGUAUUGAAUAGUUUGUCUGCAAAUGAAGGAAAUUAGGUAACUUUUUCUUCUAUAAAAUGUUGUGAAAGAAAAUAUAAUGAAAUAUGGACAAAGGACAUUUAUAUAAUUAACUAAUUUACGUUUAUUUAUGUUUGUGCUCUUAAAUUUAGAAUUACAGGAAAAAAAUUAAAUAUUUUCUUUGUGAGCAGGCCUAUUUUAAAUGUUCUUGUUAUGAUAGAUAGAAUAAUCAAUGUAGUUGCCCAAAACCAAAAAAUAAAAAUAAAAUAGGCAAUAUGGCAGAAGCUAGACUUACUUGUAUGUAACUACAGAGAACUAUGUGACCUCUAGAUAGGUGUAAAAUGCAGUGUUGGCUUCUGCUGGUCCUUUUAGCUGUGGUUGAGGCUCCCUGUAACUUAGGUGUAAGUAACUAAUAAUUCAGAGAGGGAAAUAGAAAGCAGGAUUGAGGAUGAGAGUAAAUUGACUGGGAAGGAAGGCCUAGAGAGCUGUCUGUCCCCUCUUUGUCUCCUUCACUGUUAAUACAGAGUGGUUUCCUUAUUCACAGUCCCUAGCUGUAGUCGCACAGAAAAUGUUAGUUUUCCCUUUGUGCCUGCUUAUGCAGCGCUCACGUGAAAAAUUUGUAUGUCCUGAACAGUGCUAAAGCAUAUGCUAUGAAUGCAGUUCUGACCUUCUGUAACUGCUUUGGCUACCAUUUUAAAUUUAACUCAUCAAAAAGCAUGAACUAGUUUUCAUUCGUUAAUCCUAAAUAGAAUAAGGCUUUUAAAAGAAGUGAAUUUGAGUUUUUUACUUCCAGUAAUAGAAAUGGAAUAAGAUCUGUUGCCAUAAAUUGUAGUUAACCAAAAAAAAA